AUGGCGACCUCGGUUCUAAUUCUUCGGAUACUUGAAUCAGAAUUUGGAUUUGAGACCAAAACCCGUGUGAAUGUCACCCUUGGACAUAGCCUGGGCGAAUUCUCUGCACUGGUGGCCGGCGGCUAUAUUCACUUUAAUGAUGCUUUGAGAUUAAUCCGUCGCCGAGCCGAGAUUAUGUCACAGUGCACGCAAAAAGCUGCCAUUGAAUCUGGGGAACAUUACGGCAUGAUUGCCCUAGUGUGCGAACCCGAGCACAUGGAUGACCUGCUUACUACUAUUCACGAGUUUCUGCCUUGUUUGAACGGUGACAAUUCCUGUCAACAGGUCGUGGUUGCAAACAUAAACUCCAAAAAUCAGAUAGUACUCAGUGGCAGCAUUGAACGAAUAAGGACAUUGCUUGUCCAGCUUCGUCAGUUUAGCGGCCACGAUCCCCGAGCAGUGAAAUUGAGAAGCGAAAGCCCUUUCCACGGGCCCAUAAUGGCCCCAGCCGCAGGAUACAUGAGAAGAGCCCUUGACGUUGUCACAAUCAACUUCCCUGCCGAUAUGCCGUGCGUGUCGAAUGUUUCUAAUCUUCCUUUCCCUUCCGAGCAUAGUUUGAAGGAGCUUUUGUCACGCCAGUGCGUGGAGACGGUGAGGUGGUGGGACAGCAUUCGCUACUUGGACCAGGAGCGAGGAGUGAAGCGUUGGAUCGGAAUCGGGCCGGGAAAAGUUGGUAGAAACCUGGUGGGGAAAGAGGUUGGAAGGGUGAUGGCCAGAGGGGGUGGUGUUUGGGCUAUCUGUGAUCCACGGGAUGUGAACGAAGCUUUAGUCAUGUUGGAGAACACUGAAAAGGAUAUAGAUGAUUAG